AUUGCAAACUGUGUCCAGAUAACGUUGUUUGUCUGGAAGAUUCAAUGUGGAAUUGGGAGAGGACAGGUAAUCAGUUGAGUUUAGUGCCAUAAUGAGUGCGUCCGGGACAACAACACCAGCGGCAAAGAUGACCGAUAAUGAAGGAAAGGAAUACGUUUUCUACGGUGGAUCGACGGAUGAAAGUGUCGAAGCUGGAUGUCGAUCGCUGGGAGAACUUAUCAUCAAGCGAUUGCGCGAGAAUGGCGACGAUGUUGCGUAUAUUGAUGGCCUCACCAAUGAAUCUAUCACCUACAGCGAGCUGUUGGAGCAGUCAGUACGAUUGGCGAAUCGCUUCCAUCGGAUUGGCAUUAAGAAGAACAUGAUGAUCGCGAUCAUGUGCGAAAACAGGCUAGAGCUAGCGUUAAUAGCAUUAGCAGCAACCUACAUGAAUGCCGUACCGAUCUUGUUGAACCCAGCUUAUACAACGAUCGAGCUGGAACAUGUUCUCAAAUUGACUCAACCUCGCGCUGUUUUCGUAUCUUCAGUCGCUGUGAAAACCUUACUUAAAGUGGCAAAUGCGAUUCCCUCAAUCAAGAUGAUCACGUUGCUUGGUUCGAAGGAACGACCUCACAAACGGGUCACCUUGUUCGGAGAACUGUUUGAUCGGAACAAACUGAAAAAUGCUAAAUCGUUCACGCCUCAGCCUGUGAAUUUGAAAGAUCAAGUUGCUCUCAUGGUGCUAUCUUCAGGAACGACGGGCCUUCCAAAAGCUGUGCAACUGACUCAUUACAACAUUAUGGCCGUACUCGCUUAUAUUCGGGAUGAUUUGAAAACAUUCUCCCUAUCUCCGACUUCCUUAGGCCUCGCACUGUUGCCGUUUUUCCACAUCUAUGGUUACAUGAUUCUGCUUAGCGCAUGCUGUAACAAGCGAACGAUCGUGUCUUUGCCAAAAUUUGAACCCAAGCUCUUCCUGUCGACGAUAGAAAAAUAUAAAAUUGCCUCGGCUGCCUUAGUUCCCCCGCUGGUGGUAUUUUUAGCAAAACAUCCCCUCGUAGAGAAAUACGAUCUUAGUUCAUUGAUGGCGAUCAGCUGUGGUGCAGCCCCUCUGAGCAAAGAAGUAGAGGAAAUGGUCCAAAAGCGUUUGCCAAACUUGGUAUUGAUCCGCGUUGGGUACGGUAUGAGUGAAACCUCACUUGGAGUUUUGACUAGAAACUUUGGAAAACCAGGAAGUGUUGGAAAGGUAAACCGGAUGUUUUGGGUUAAAGUAGUAGACCCAGAAACGGGAAAGACAUUGGGUCCCAACCAGGUUGGAGAGAUAUGCGCCAAAGGACCUAUGAUCAUGAGAGGCUAUUACAAGAAUGAGGAUGAAACGCGAUCCAUUAUUGAUAAGGAUGGGUGGUUGCAUACCGGAGAUACUGGGUACUUUGACGAGGACGAAGAUUUCUACAUCGUGGAUCGUAUCAAGGAUCUGAUCAAAUACCGCGGUUUUCAAGUACCACCGGCAGAGCUUGAAGCGGUCUUACUCACCAAUCCGAAAAUCAAGGAUGCUGCGGUGAUUGGUGUGAAGGAUGAGGUUAGUGGAGAGCUACCGCUGGCAUUCGUGGUGGCUCAACCGGAGGUGGAGUUGACCGAAACAGAAGUUAUCGAUUGGGUGGCAAGUCGUUUGUCAAAACACAAACAUCUCCACGGUGGAGUGCGAAUGAUUGCCGAGAUACCGAAAACGGCGAGUGGAAAAAUUUUACGACGCGAAUUGCGCACAAUGAUUGCGAAGUCCAAGCUGUGAGAUGCAUUGCGAUUGUUAUUAUCUCGAACAAUUUUAACAGGGGGCAUGAUAAGCGAAGAAAAUAGCAUUUUAAUAGAUAAAAGUAGAUGAAUAUUUGGGCAAUAAACGUUUAUAAUAGAAUUUGAUAAGGUUGUAAUCUUAGAAUGACUUUCAAUUAUUGGUUUACCUUUGUUGUGAGAAACAUGUUUACAAAUAGGUCUUAAUCAAGGUCUGUAGGAAAUAAAUUCUUUUUAAUGUCUAUUAUGUAUUUAUAAUUUAAAAAA